CCGGUGCGCGGCACCCCGUCCCAGCAGUCGCCGCCGCAGCGGCCGCCCCUCCCGGGCCUGUGAGCGCUGAGCCGCGAGGCCGGGCCGGGGCGCCGACCGGGACAGCCAGAGGCGCGGCGCCGACGCCGAGGCGCGGCCAUGGAGGGGAAGACCCGCGCCGGGGUCGCGCUGGUCCCGGGGCCGAGCGACCGCGGGCCUUCCGCCCGCCGCGCCCGCCGCCGCCGCCGCCGCCGCCGCCGCCGCUCGGGGCUGCUGCUCCCCGGCCUCUGGCUGCUGCUGCUGGCCCGGCCGGCCUCGUGCGCCCCAGAUGAGCUCCCUCUGGAACAGCACAACCUUUCUUUAUCCUCCUUGGAGUUCAUGCCAAGGGAAAGCACCGAGCACAGCACUGCACACGUGGCCUUAACAGAAACCGCUCCAGGGUCCCAGCAAAGCAGUUCUCUCCAUGUGAGAUCAUCUCCAUCUGCCAGUACUUUUGAUACAAACUUUUUUAACCAAGGAAAAUGGACCCAAAGUACAGCAGAUCACAGCAUCUUUGUGGCAAAUUAUGUGUCAGUGACGAGCAACGAGGUCAUAGAUGAUGAUGAAAUGGAUAACUUUUUGCCAGAGACUUCCUGGACCACUUCCCGCGUGGUUUCUCCCGUACGAUACGUCACACUCGGUCUGCCAGGGCUGCUCAGAGAAACGUUAGACUCCAUGCCGACUCCGUCGUUACCCAUCAUUUCUUUACAAGAUGAAGAAGUGACAUCAGCCUGGCAAAACACAGUGCAACAGCCAACGGUGUCUGCUGAGUCCCCCGAUCAUUUCAGUGCUUUUCGGUCAGCUUUUCCCACUUCCAAGGGCAUAAUUCCAACUCCUAGCAGGAACUUGGUGUUUCAUCCUACUGACGCUUACGGGCACGUUUCAAGUAGGACUUUGCCGGAGAUCAUGGCUUCAGGAGCAGAGGGCGCAGAAACCCUCCUCAGCUCGCGGUAUUCCGAGCCUCGACCGCCACAUGAUGGUGUCACUCGGCAGCCUCCUCCCCCGUCAGGGCAGGUCUCACCGCCUCCAGAGGAUGCUCUGGCCGCAGGUACAGACAGAUACUCUGAUGUGACUACCGCUUUGGGUCGAAGUCUGGAUGAAGCCGUCUCUCCAGGCGCUCGCGGCUCUGCGGCUCUGUCCCAGACGGCCCUUGCCUUUGGCAGCAGCAGUGCGCGUUUGGCUUUGUUUUCAACUCCUCUCGUGUCUGGAUUGUUCUCUACUCAAUCAGCCGGUGUUUCAUAUAACCCCUGUCUUCCCGCCAGCUCCAGUGAGGCAUCAGAACUGCCUGGCCAUUCAGUGGUCCCAAGUGGUGCAGGUGACACUCACGUCUGGAGCCCAGUGUCUUCUUUCAGACCGUACACGUGGUGCGUGUCGUGCACUGCAGUGUCGCCUCGGCCCGUGCUGUCAGCGAGCCUCACGGAGAAGGACGUGGGGUCCGGGGAUGGUGCCGAGACCCUGUCCCUGACCCUCUCAGAGGUGAGCAGCAUCUCUCCACCGAGCAGCGUCAUGGUGGACUUCUCUGAAUUUGACGAGGGCCCGCGAGAAUUUCAUACACUUUUCCCCUCAAGACCGAUGGUUCCCCUCUCUUCUCCAUCUCUGGAAAUCUCAGCAACGAGCGUCGGUAUUUCAGCUGAGGGGGAAAUGAGUAGUGUGAUGACCGCACAGGUGUACCCUCCCCAGGGCCACCUCUCUGUGCCUGUGUCACCUGACGCUGCUGCUUCUGCCUCCUCCUCUGUCGCCGAAACUCAAGUAAUGCCAUCCAGUGUGACAGCCGUGCUUUCCUCGGUCACCCCAGGUGCUCUCCUUGACUCUUCCUUCCCCAUCACAGCAAAUAAAAACACCCCAUCGCUUGCCGUCAGAGGCCCAGGUCUUCUUACGUCUUACAGUUUGGACCUGUCGGCACAGCCUUCGCUUUUUCCUGACGGAGAACCUGCCGGUUUUUCCCAACGUGAAAGUGCAAGUAUUUGGGAUUUUACAUCCAGCUUUCUCUCCACUCCGCCACUGGAAUUCAGCAGCUGGGUCUCUCCAUCUUCAGAAGUACUUGCUUCUCCGUCUCCGAGGUCAAGUGAUCUGUCCACCGUCAUUUCUCAGGCAUUUUCUACCUUGGUUGCGACACUUUCGUUGACCAACUCUGUCAGUUCUCGGUCACCUCAGCUUUCUGUUCCCAAUUCCACAAACCUUGACUUUUCUCAGCUCUGGCCAAGCUCAGAUCUUCCUUUAAGCAGCUUCACUUUUCUCCCUAGUUACUCUGAAAUGUCACUACCCUCCAGCUUUCCCUCCAGUUCUCCAAAGUUUUCUGAAGCACCCACAGUGUCACCCACAGAUGGCGAAGCUCAUUUUACCUCAGCUUUCACUGCAACUACCUCCUAUUUUGAGUUUUCACUCACGUCCCAUGAAUCUGCAGUCACCACACUGGUGCCCUCCAGUUCGGAGCCCAUUUUGACGGCUGAAACUCACUUAACAUCACUUCUGACUGCUGUUCCUACCACACCCGUUUUAACUGAAUCUUCUGUCUUUUCAACCCUGACACCUUCUGAUGAUGGUAUCAGUGCUGUGAACGAUCCCACGUCCGUCUUACCCUCUUUCUCUGAAGUCAUCCCUGUCACCACAGUGCUGGUCAGCACUGGGUACCUGCCAUCAGCAUCCUCGUUUCUUCCUGAGGUGAUCCGCUCGCCUCUGCCUACAGAGCCAGGUGGUACGCGUGGCCCAUCAUUCACACCCACAGACUUACCGAGGAACACCUCCACUGAACUGAGCACAUCUGAUACCAGUGCUGGCCCUGAGAAUUCUCUUCACACCACCCUGAACAGCAGAACUGUGGGUCAGAACCGUCAGGAGGGCAGCAUGGUUCUCCCCCCGCCAUCCCUUCAUCCCGCGACCACCCCCGCUCCCGAAGCGACGGUUCAUACUCCUGCGCUGGUCACCACCAAGUCGCCGUAUGUGUGUGAUAUUACGGUUCCUGAUGCCUAUUUGAUCACAACUGUGCUGGCCCGCAGAGCUGUGCAGGAGUACAUCAUUAUGUCCAUCAAAGAGGUGUUGAGGAACCACUUCAACCGUGUGGUGGAGCUCAAGGUUUAUGAACUGUUCGCUGACUUCACUUUUCUGGUAACAUCUGGUCCGUUCGUUUACACAGCAAUAUCAGUCAUAAAUGUACUUAUAAAUAGUAAACUUGUUCGUGACCAGACUCCUUUAAUCUUGGCUGUGAAACCCUCCUUCCUUAUGCCAGAGUCCAGGUUCCAAGUUCAAACGGUACUGCAGUUUGUGCCUCAGAGUGUGGAUACGGGCUUCUGCAACUUCACCCAGCGCAUCGAGAAAGGCCUGAUGAUAGCUCUCUCUGAAGUGAGAAAACACCACCAGGGGACGUAUAACCUCACAGUGCAGAUCUUGAAUAUUACUGUGGGGUCUUCAAGGCUGGCUCCUCGCCGGGGCCCAGUGAACAUUGUCUUUGCUGUCAGAGGCUCGCAGGGAUUUCUGAAUGGGUCUGAAGUGAGCGAAAUGCUAAGGAACUUGAGCGUGGUGGAGUUCAGUUUCUACCUGGGAUACCCAGUGCUGCAGGUUGCCGAACCCUUCCAGUACCCACAGCUUAACUUAUCGCAGUUGUUGAAGUCCUCUUGGGUAAGAACAGUCCUCCUGGGUGUUGUUGAGAAGCAGCUCCAGAAUGAAGUGUUUCAAGCUGAGAUGGAGCGCAAACUGGCCCAGCUGCUCAGCGAAGUUUCCACCAGAAGGCGGAUGUGGAGAAGGGCUACCAUCGCUGCCGGGAACAGCAUGGUACAGGUGGUAAAUGUGUCAAGGCUCGAGGGAGAUGAUAAUCCUGUGCAGCUCAUCUACUUUGUGGAGGAUCAAGAUGGAGAAAGACUCAGUGCAGUCAAGUCUUCAGAUCUGAUUAACAAGAUAGAUAUCCAGAGAGCAGCCAUCAUCUUGGGUUACCGAAUUCAAGGAGCUGUUGCCCAACCUGUGGACAGGGUGAAGAGGCCGUCAUCCCCUGAGUCCCAGAGCAGCAGCCUCUGGGUCAUUGUGGGCGUGGUCGUGCCAGUGCUGGUGGUGAUGGUGAUCGUUGUCAUCCUCUACUGGAAACUCUGCCGCACGGACAAAUUGGACUUUCAGCCUGACACCGUGGCCAACAUUCAGCAGCGUCAGAAGUUGCAGAUCCCUAGUGUGAAGGGCUUCGACUUUGCUAAGCAGCAUCUGGGUCAGCACAAUAAAGAUGAUAUACUGAUCAUUCAUGAGCCAGCCCCGCUGCCAGGACCUGUGAAGGACCAUACCACGCCCUCUGAGAAUGGAGAUGUGCCGAGCCCCAAGGCAAAGAUCCCUUCCAAGAACGUCCGUCACAGAGGAAGAGUUUCUCCCUCAGAUGCUGACUCUACAGUAAGUGAAGAGUCCAGUGAGAGGGAAGCAGGGGACAAGACUCCAGGAGCGGUGACCGAUGGCAAGUCCCACAGAGCCCUACAGAGUGGGGCAGCACCCAGCUCGGGGAAUGAGCAGCAUUCGUCAGCCUCUAUCUUUGAGCAUGUGGACAGGAUCUCCCGCUCCUCGGAGGCCAGUCGGCGGGUCCCCAAUAAGAUUCAGCUGAUCGCCAUGCAGCCCAUCCCGGCACCCCCAGUUCCACACCCCAUCCUGGCCGACCGAGUGGCCGAAACCAACAAAAUUAACAAAGAGAUCCAGACAGCACUGCGGCACAAGUCGGAGAUCGAGCACCAUCGGAACAAGAUCCGGCUCCGCGCCAAGCGCCGCGGGCACUACGAGUUCCCGGUGCUGGACGAGCUGUCGUCGGGAGACACGCGGGAGCGGCACCGCGUGUACCGCAGGGCGCAGAUGCAGAUCGACAAGAUCCUGGACCCCACGGCCAGCGUGCCCUCUGUGUUCAUAGAGCCCAGGAAGAGCUCCAGGAUAAAACGUUCUCCUAAACCACGCCGGAAACAUCAGGUCAAUGGCUGCCCCGGAGAUGCUGAGAAGGACAGACUUAUCACCACAGACAGCGACGGCACUUACAAACGGCCCCCUGGUGUCCACAACUCUGCCUAUAUUGGUUGCCCGUCUGAUCCCGACCUCCCAGCAGAUGUGCAGACGCCGUCUUCAGCUGAGCUGGGGAGGUAUCCAGGCCUGCCCUUCCCAGCCUCCCAGUACAUCCCGCCCCAGCCAUCCAUCGAGGAGGCGCGGCAGACCAUGCACUCCCUCCUGGAUGACGCUUUUGCCCUCGUGGCCCCCAGCAGCCAGCCCCCUAACACUGCAGCUGCAGGCCCUGGUGUCCCAGCCGGCCUGCCUGUGAACAGCACCCCUUCCCGGGAAGAGAGACGAGCCACCCAGUGGGGGUCCUUCUACAGCCCAGCUCAGACGGCCAACAACCCAUGCAGUAGAUAUGAAGACUAUGGAAUGGCUCCCCCAUCAGGCCCAUUACCAAGACCAGGUUUCGGCCCCGGUUUGCUGCAGUCUGCGGAGCUGCUGCCUGCUGAGCCCCAGCAGCCCCAGGCCUCGUCUGAAGCCACCUCGUGUGCUGCCCGAGGGAUCUACCCUGACGAGGUGUCAUCGGUGGCCCGGCCUCGGCCUGUCGGGGGCACCACAGGCUCCCAGAUCCAGCACCUGACACAGGUGGGAAUUGCCAGCAGAAUUGGAGCUCAGCCAGUGGAAAUCCAACCAGGCAGAGGCAGCCAGUAUGGGGGACCAGGCUGGCCUUCGUACGGGGAGGAUGAAGCUGGCCGGAGAGAGGCUACACAUGUGCUCGGACAUCAGGAGUAUUCGUCACCGCUGUUCCAGGUGCCAAGGACUUCAGGUCGGGAGCCCUCGGCUCCUCCUGGGAACCUCGCGCACAGGGGGCUGCUGGGCGCCGGGCUGGCCUACCCUGCCAGCUCCACGGAAGACCUCCAGCCCAGCCACUCCUCAGCCUCUCUCAUCAAAGCUAUCCGCGAGGAGCUGCUCCGGCUCUCCCAGAAGCAGACCACCGUGCAGAACUUCCACAGCUGAUCGGCCCCACCUUGCAGAUUUGCCAAGUAUCCGCUUCCCGUGGAAGCAAGACUAAAAGGAAAUCAACUGAGCAGGUGUCUGGAAGAGGACAAGCAUCUCCUGGGCUGAGGGCCCAAGUAAGGGAACGAGUUGCAAUUGUAAAAGAUGCCAUAAGUCACGUGACAGCUCAUGAUGCUUUUAAUACGUUGGCAAUUUUGUGACCACCUGGGUUCAGUUGAAAUGUAUGUACUUUUGGCUAAAAGCCAGCAGCACUUCACGAAAGACGAACCACGAUUCUAAGCUAAUGAAGUGACUAAGUUAGUCUCUUUUUUAAAGGUGAAAGAUGAAAAUGUGUAGAUGGUGUAGGGAUUAAAGGAAUCUAGUAUUUCCGUGGGAAGAUGUGAUUCAGACUGGUUUGUACAAUGAACCUGCUGCUUUGUUUUCUGAGAAAAGAGAGUUGAAGACAUUCACAACUUAAUUUCCCUCUUUUCCUCCAUAGGAACUUAUUUUAAUAGUAAUAUUAACAACAUGAAUAGUAAGACUGGGAAUUUAAAGAGCUACUAGCGAGAAACCAAAUGCUAGAUUGUAGAGCCUGAUGAUUCCAAAUGAAGCCAUCGACUGCAUUUUCCUUCUACUUCUGGUGCUACAGCUCCAAGAGCCCUUCACGUCGUCUGUGAAAUGCAACUUUGGCUUUCUCAGUGGAAGGAUAUGUGGAAGGUUUCAUUUUGUUCUAGAAAGGGGGAAAAAAAAGCCUCCCAAAAUGGAAAAAGCUUAAUAUUUAUUUGGUUUUUCAAAAUACAUAUCAAAGUUUAGAUUUACAUUCUUAAUUGUAUUUGUGGUUUGUGAAUCGGACACAUGCAACUGCUCAUUGCAUCUCAUUUGAGUACAUGUCUUCAUCCAGGCCAGGCCUAAAGAAAGAGGCUUUCAGGAGGUCCUAAUGGAUCCUUGCACUUUGCUGAUGAGUUGCUCCCAAAUUAUGUUUGAAUGAGAAAUCUUACAUAAGCGAAAAUGAUCUGUCAGAAUUCCUAGGACCACUGAAUGGUUGGUUAUCUAUGGAUGCCUUCAUGGUAAUCACAUUCCCUGUGUUCGAGACCUGGAAAUGAAACUGAGUUCCGUUCAGCCUCUUCGUAAUGAGUCAAGAAAGGAAAGAAGAGCUUUGAGACCACGAGGGAGAAAAAAUGUUCCUUCUAAUUUCUGAUUCUGUUGUCCCUGACUCCGUCUAGUGACUGUUAAAACCGUCUUUGGGCCCAACAGAGGGGUCCUCCCACUUGAGAUUGACCCCUGAAGGAAACAUGUCUCCCCUUCCCAAAGUGGAGUAAGGAAUAGAGUAAUAAGGGCUGUUCUGUUUUCUGGGACCUGAGUGAAAUGAAGAAGAAAAACAGACUUAGAAUUUCCAUGAACCCUUUUUUAGUAGAUCAACUAAUAUCUUUAACUAAAUAACAGAUACACAGGCAGAACACGGGGUUGUGACUGGUCAAAAUCUGUGUAUCUGUGUCAAAUUUUAAGAACCCUGAAGCAGCUAAAACGGGUUCCUAAAGUGUAAUCAUUGGGUUUUCAGAGUCAUGUUUCAGCCCUUCCUUAAUUAAGCCUGUUGUAUAGACCCAGAGUCUCACGAUCCAGGGGAAGUUGGUUCUGGGAAGUUAAAAUGUAGCCAUUGUUCAUCUUUGCACCUCUGAAAAAGGGGGAGUGCAGGAGGACAAGUCUCUUGAGGAUGCUAAAUAAAGGAAUGCGAACUCCUUUUUAGGCGACCCUCACAGGCUCCAAAGAACGGGGGAGAGAAGACCCUGAUCUGGGCUUGAUUCUUACCUCUUGGUCUUGGUUAAAUACCAGACUUGCCCAGAGUGGAGAUUCUCCUUGCAUGUCAUUGAAAAAUACCAGGUUUCUUGAAUGUGUAAUUAAGAAUUUCAGAGAUCCAAGCAGCAUUUUAUCAUGGACACCUUACGGUGAAUUCAGAUUGAGUGCCAGCUGAUGGGGUAAAUGCUGGCCCCUCUCCUCCCAUUCUGCUCUUUGUCCUCAGUGUUCACACGCAGAUUGUACGAACAUGAUUACCUCCUUAGUACAUGGCAGGAACGGGCCUCUGUUUUAAAUGGGGCUGCAGUAGCAGUUUUGAUGCCUUUCAAACUAGCAUAAGGAGAUUCUACCUGUAUUUUUCUUCUUAGAACCGAUACACUUUUAAACCGACGUCAAGACCAAAGAUGACGUGGAAUAAACAACCGCUGAUGUGUGGUGGGUGUGAGCAGGCCGGUGGGAUCCCCGGCACUCUUGUGUUGGCCAUAAAGCAUACUCAGUUUGCACUCAGUUUGACCAUCACGAGACUCAGAACAGACUAGCUGUCAUGGGGAGCACCACUCAGUGAACGGGAUCUACGUAACGAAAGGUCCUCGUGGCAGUCACGCGUGGCUCUGGAGUUCCAUUUAUUGAAACACCACAAAAUGAAAAGUUAAAUUUUACGUCUGUUCUUUUUUCCUCUUUGCAAAGUUCUAGUGCUAUAUAACAAGAGCUAUAAAUUUGAGUCAGAGUUUUAGAGACGAUUGUUUGGAGAAAUGAUCAUUUUCAGAAUCUACACAAUCACUAACUAGCUGUGUCAGGUCCCUUCUCUAAGCCUCAUUUUCCCCAUCAGCCAAACGAGAACAGGCCUCCCCUGCCCGCCUCCCAGGAAAAUUCUCAUUGAGAGAAUCAGAUGUGGUCACACGUGCACACGUCCCUUGAGGAGGGAGCACAAAGCACUGUGAGCAUGUAGACUAUCUGUGUGAUUGCGGUGGGAGGGGUGAUCUGAUCUGCUGUGGCCUCCCAGUGAGCGAGUUCCCGUGGAGGGAACCAGAGGAAAACUAGAGGCCCCGUGUGACUCCGCUUCCUCUCUCCUGCUUUGCUUUAAAUUCACUUCCUUCACCGUUAAACUCUCAAUUAUCAUGCAUCUUCCUGCUCCUGGCACCAAAUAAGUCAAUAGGAGCCCUGCCUUCUGAGAUCUUAGAAUCUGAAUCAGACAAUACCCAUGGCUAUAGAAGAUGGAAGAAAAGGAAAAAUAACGUGGUUUAAACAUCAGUAAGAUUCACCGAAAGGACACAAGUGCAUUAUGCACUCAGAAGGAGGAAUGGAAGUUGCACAUGGGGAAACAGUGGGACCUUGGGGAGAACUCAAUGUCAGAAGCUACUUUAAGGAAGACAGGAGCUUCCCAGGCGCAUGGUGAGAUGGUGUGGGAAGAGCCAGAUGGAGAAAGUGGGUGAAGCUGCCGUUGAAAAUAACCUUGAUCCUGAUCUGCUCCGAUAUGGGGACGAAAUCCCUAACUGCACGGUCGAGGGAGUUUUAUAAGAGGAGGAAGUGAUGCUAUGAGGAUACAUUUGCAGGAACACAGCGAGAAGAUGACCGGGCUUGGGAAGAAGGUCGGCGGAGGAAGAGGCCCGUUCUGAAGGGGAGGGGAGAGUCCCAGGAACUGCUGGAUGACCAGUGUCAAGUGUGAAAAUAGUGAGACUUCCACCGAGGUCUACUGCUUAGAGCAGAUCUCAAGGGUCAGCCAUUCGGCCACAUUUAAUCCUUUGUGGAGCAUAGGUGGGUUAUAAAUAAAUAUAUUUGACUUCUUUACAGCUGCCUACACAUUUUCCUCCAGAUUAUACUUAAUUUCAGAGCGUGUUUUCUUUUUGGUGGUACGUGGCUUUUGAGCAGCAGACUUGAGCUGUUUUUUGCCAACCAGAUUUUUCAGGGCAUGAGGCCUGUGACGCAGGGCACAGGUGAAGGGACACCUGGAGGCUUCGGGCUGAAACAGGUAAUUCUGUGCUUCAUGGGCCUCCUGUUGAACUGUGUACAGGGUCAGCGUUUACUGCGUUUGCACAACUUAGUGCUCCAGUGACCAAACCAGUCGCUUGGACACUGAUUUGCAUUUGCAGCACUUCAGGAGUUAAUCAUUAAAUACACUUCUCUAUCCCUUUCAUACGAGAUUCCUAGACAUGAAUGAAUCUGUUGGUUGGAAGGAGAGCUGGUUAAGGUUCUGGGUGGGUGGGCAGGGGGCUCCAGUGUUAAGUACCACGCCCGCUUUCACUGUAGAUGUUUUAGCCAUUUCAUUUCUACCUCCAGAGCAAGUCCCCAAAGCCAGUCUCCAGAGCCCACCUUUGUUCCAGGCAGGAGCGUGAAGAAGUCUACUUCUGCACCUGCACGUAGACCAUUUGAACACAAACCACGUUUUUUGGGGUUUUUUUUUUCAAAGCACGUUUUUAUGGGAUGGUAACUUGAACUUCAUUUUUACGUUUAAUCCAGCACCGUCAUGGAUAUUCUCGUAACAGGUGAGAGGCGUUUCUCUGAGCAACUGCUGUAACACACUUAUAAACUGUAUUAGGCUUACACUUGUUACCUAGCGUACAAGGAGUGUGUGCAUUUCAGGUUUCUUUUGAUAUCCUUGGUGAUGUUCAUUGUUUAAACUAGGACUCCUUUCUCUAAUUUUAUGAAAAGGACUUGAAAACCGAAACCUCACGGUACGAUCCUCAUUCCAUGCUGUGUGUGUAACAGAACACUUGACAAUUUAUCUUACCACGCAGCAGCAUUGACAUUUAGGAAAAGAAUAUCAGAUGCCUUGGAAACAUGAAACCAAGUUGGGAACCAGCGAGCAAGUGAAAGAAGGGAGGAAUGCCUCCCUCUGAGGCACUCGGCCCAGAUUCCUUUCCCACAGGGUAGAUACUCAUGCAGGCUCUUUGCUUUUCCUUCUUCCUCUAGGUUUUUCUGCUCUGGGGCCACUUCACAUUUAAAGAAAGAGUGGAUAAGUAGAAGGGAUUUGGGUCUCGAGGUCCCUGAUUCCACGGAAUCUUUCUGGACAAUUUGGAACGUCAUGAAUAGCCCCUUCUCAUGUCCAGCAGAUUCCCAGCAUUCAUAACUUGACCCCCUAAGUGUGCAAGGUCGGAAGAGUACAGGGCCAGCGUCUAGCUAGGCUCCCUGUACUGUUCCUCCUGCAGAUGUGGGGAAGGAGGAGGGGGCACUAGGGGGAACAGAGGCUCCACCAAUGGGCUCGGUUGCUCUAAGCAACAGAGGGUUAAUUUCAGAAAAGGGGAGUAGAAACUCUCCACUUUGCCCUCCUCCGGACCACAGUCUAGGGAGCAUGGGGAUUGGGCGAGGCUCGCCCUUACGGGAAAGGCUGCUUAGCCGAGCCGUUCUGAGGUGCCCACUUGUCUCCUCCGACGUUGUCAAUGCCCAUGUCCUUAUGACUCUUCCUGCACCCUCAUUCCUAGAUUAUGAGUAUUAAUGUACGAAAAUAUGCAGAGUAAAUUGAGGGCACUCGUGGGCUCAAUACUGCAGUUUGAACUUGACAAUCAUGGUUUGCUGGUCUCAAACGGGCCCUUAAAUUUCAGUAUGGGUAUAUGAUUUAGUAAUCGAACCCUCCCUUCUCCUUGCUGGUUAUGUUUCUACCCUUCAGUUAGCUGCACUGUUUUCUAAUGUGCUGUAGAGUUUUUGAGAUAAUUUAUGCAAGUGUUUGGUUUCCAUGUUUACAAUUUAUACAGCUUUCCUAGCAUUUUAAAUGGAAAUGUCAAUAAAUGCUAUGAAUUGGUGUCAA